AUUUGGAGAGAGAGAGCAAAGGUAGAUGGAGAAAAGCAAAUUUAGAGGUAGAUGGAGAAGAGAGGAACAGAUCCUCUCACGUGCAAUCUAGCUAAAUCUUAUAUGCUCUCUUAUCCUAAUUCCCAAUAUUCCUUCCCCUCUCUUCUCUCUCUCUCCCUACCAUUGCAAUAUAUAUACCACUACCUUCCUAUAUCUGAUUCUUGAUAAGAAUCCUUAUGAUUUAUCAUCAUGAGUUCCAUUUCCAGGUGCAACAGAGACAGAGAUGUGAUGGAACUAACAUGGGAAAAUGGGCAACUCGGGCUACAUGAGCUUGAAUUGAAUCCAACAAAGUCAUGGGGCGACCAUACCCUAGAAUCCAUUGUCAACCAAGCUACAACCACACAACAACUAAACCACCAAUAUUCAUGGGAUCAAGAUGGGAAAUGGAGCUCCAUGCAGGCUCAUCAGCCUUCAGCUUCGCAAACCGGGAAAAGGGUGAGAUCCGAAACUAGAGGUUUUCCGGUGGAGGAGAGCGCUUGCGCCAGUGCCAGCGCUAACUUCUGUAGGGAGACGGAUACGACGAUGAUGACGUGGAAUUCGUUCGAAUCUCCAAGGAGUUUGAAGACUCCUAGGAUUCACCAAGAUGAUGAUUCUCUCUAUCAAGAUUGCUCGGAAAAUCAAGGCGUGACCAAAGGGGAAAGUUGCCGCUCUCAAUCAUCGGCGAGGCGAAGUCGAGCUGCAGCCAUACAUAAUCUCUCCGAAAGGAGACGUAGAGACAGAAUCAACGAGAAGAUGAAGGCUCUCCAAAAGUUGGUGCCCAAUGCAAGCAAGACGGAUAAAGCUUCGAUGCUGGAUGAGGUGAUCGAAUACUUGAAGCAACUUCAAGCACAAGUUCACAUGAUGAGCAAUGCAAGAAACAUGCCCCAAAUGAUGAUGCCUUUAGGCAUGCAGCAACAACUUCAGAUGUCGUUGCUAGCACGCAUGGGGAUGGGAAUGAACAUGUUUGAUGUCAAUAAUUUGACUCGAAACAUGCCUCAUUCCUUCCCUCCCCUUAUGAAUGCAUCUACACCCACUCAAUUCGUAUCCCCACCGCCAUUCGCCAUGCCUUCCAUGGUUCCUCCUCCAACAUCGUUGAAAGCCAACGUUGAUGCAGCCGCGUCUAGUGCCCCCAAUCCCAUGCCUAAUUUCAACGAAGCAUACACCACAUUUCUUGCUCAACAGUCUAUAAACAUGGAAAUCUUGAACAAAAUGUACAGACAACAACAAAGCAGUCAGCAGCCAUCAAAGAAACCUCCAGCCAGCUUGUCUCACCCGAACGAUGCUCAAGGUGGAUGAAAUUUCAAAUUUCUCAAAUAUUUUUUUUCUACCUAUAUAGUUAUUUGAUUGAGUAGGGCCCACCGCCUCAAAAAAUCAUGUUCUAUUUUUAUUAUAUUGUUGAAGAAAAAUAAAUGUCUGCACAUGCAAGUGUAGAUUGACUAGAUUUUUUUAAGUACAAACAGUACUAUAUAUAUGCAAAUAUGUAUAUGUAUGAUGACUAGCUUGUGUUUGAAUUAAUUAAUUUGGUAGCAUUUAUUUCA